AUGUCUUCGACCCUUCCCAACAGUAGUACCGGCAGCAAUACCAUGUGGCCUUCCGGUACAUUAUGCCUUGCGGAUGUAACUUCGCCCGAUGGAGAAACCAUCAUUUUGCAACCACGACCCUCAGAUGAUCCGGGAUUAGUCUGUUUUUAUGUUGCUAGGGUUGCAGAGGUUAUUAGCGCCAAUACGCCAACAUGGGGUCCCUUGGAGACAGAGCUCGGUUUUACCAGCGAGAUAUUGAAUGACAGUUAUGCUGCUGGCUGUGCUGCUUUAGGAGUCGGCUCUGUCAUCCCGAUUCCUUUUGCGCUCAAGUUUGGCCGUCGACUGGUGUAUCUAUUCAGUACAGUGGUUCAGUUUGCUGUCUGCAUUUGGUCCGCUAAGAUGCAAACUGUGGGAGACCUAAUGGGAAUCAAUGUAAAUACAAUUCUGGCGGAGGCCAUCGUCCAAAUGACCAUUGCGGAUCUUUUUUUCGUGCACCAACGAGGAAAAAUGAAUGUCCUUUAUGUCUGGACGUGGCUUCUCUCUACUUGCAUGGGUAUACUGGUUGCCGGUUUUGUUGCCAGUGGUCUCGGUUGGAGAUGGAUAUGGUGGUUAAAUGCUAUCGUCUUUGGUGUGACUAUUUUUGUUGUCGGAUUCGGAUACGAAGAGACUAAAUUUUGCCCGACUGUUUCCCUCACUACUACAGAUGUGCCACUGAACACCACGAGCGAAAACCGGUCGAUUGCUUCCAAACCACAAGACCAAGACACCAAGAAAGACGAAUCGGAGAAGCUUGAGGGCAAGCCGUCCGCCAAAAUGAAGCAAAUAUAUGCGGAACAAGGAGUCACAGACCUAGCCUCAAUUAAAACAGCAAAUAAAAACCCGACCGACAACGUCACUGCUCUCACAAUCAACUCAAAUAUCCCCAUGAAGACAUAUUGA